CGCGUGCAUUCGAAAAGGACGGGCUUAAUCUGGGAAUAAAACUGGAGUUACGUAUUUGUCGUUUUGACUUCACAGAGGACUGCACAUCCCUACAGCCUAUUUCCAUAACAUAGCUUUCACAGGACUGCAGUUGUCAGAAAGAUGCUGUGACGAGCAAAUAUUGAUUUGACAUUAUCAAAUAGCCACUAAAGGUUGCAUUUUCAGAUAAUUACAAGCAUGGGUCUGCAGACUGUGUUCCGUGCGGUGAUCAUGGGGGCCCCGGGCUCAGGGAAGGGGACCGUGUCGAGUCGGAUAGCGCAGAGUUUCGGACUGAAGCAUCUCUCCAGUGGAGACCUGCUGCGGGCCAAUAUCGAGGCGAAGACAGAUUUGGGUCUCCUGAUGAAGUCGUGUAUUGAUCAGGGUCAGCUGGUUCCUGAUGACGUCAUCUCUCGCCUCAUCCUGUCCAGUCUGAGGGGUAUAGAGCAGACCAGCUGGCUACUGGACGGGUUUCCUCGCACUGUGGCUCAGGCUGAGGCCCUGGACAGCGUGUACGAUGUGGACUCUGUUAUAAACCUGGACGUGCCUUUCCAGACAAUCCGAGAGCGUCUGACGUCUCGCUGGGUGCACCUUCCCAGCGGCAGAGUCUAUAAUAUAGACUUCAACCCGCCUAAGAAACCAGGUCUUGAUGAUGUCACAGGAGAACCGCUGGUCCAGAGAGACGACGACAGUCCCGAAACUGUGUCCAGGAGACUCAAGGACUAUGAGAGACAGACACAACCAGUUCUAGAGUAUUACAGGAGUAAAGGAGUGUUGGAGACCUUCUCAGGAACUGAAACCAACAAGAUCUGGCCUCAUGUUCAUGCCUUCCUGACUAGGAAAAUCCCAGGAAACCAACAGGCUAUAGGAAAAGCGUGAUUGCACAACAACCUUGAGGACUUUCACCACAUCUAAAGUACACUGUUGGACUCGAGCACAAAGCACCUCUGUGGCCUUAAGCAGUCUACUGUAUUUGCUGAAGCCUUUGGGGUCACCAUCUGGUUUUACACCUUUGUGAGAAAGUUAGUGCCAAACUAAAGAUUUAUGGUCAAACUAGUCUACUGAACUCUAGCGCUGCCAUCUUAACGAAAUAAACCCAGCUUGGAGAGUUAGAGAGGUAGGCAUGCUAAGAUUAAUAGUUGACUCCAAAGUUAAUCAUUUUCAAUUUUCCACUUACAAGAAGUGCCCAACCCAAACCAUUUUUUUUCUUUUAACUGAAGUGGCUGCAAAGUGUGGGAUGCAGCAGCUUUAAAACAUUCCUGUUUAUUAUCCAUAACAGCAUUUUAAUAAUAAUGUUAAAAUUUGUGCAUACUAGAGAAGUAUUAAUUUAAACAUGUCUCAGAUGAAAGCAGAGCAAAAUGAUGAUUCAAACCUGAUUUUUGAAUGUUCCACCAUUUUUGUGAACCACUGUGGCCUUAAUUAGCAAAAACACAGUCUAAUUAUGAGUCUAAUGAUUGUGUGGUGAUUUUUGUAUUGUAGAUAAUAUGAAUGAACAGUAUUAGAGUUAAUAUUUUUCUGCAUAUACAAAAUAUAGAUUUUUAAUUGAGAAACGUUUGCACGAUACUAUAAUUCAUAAAGGGAAAGAAAUUCUAUUGUUUGAUCAAGAUGAUGUUUUAUAAGUACUUUUGUAUUAAUAAACCACUGUUGUGUGGCUACGAAGUCCUAGGCCACGAAUGAAGUGUUAAUUAAUUUGUGUAUGCAUUUAAUUUUAUGGCACAGUUUGUGAAUCACUGAAUAAAUUGUAGUGACUGAAAACCCUGCUGUUGAAUAAUGGAUGAAUUAAGUGUAAUGCAAAGCACUGAAUUUCAGAAAGCAGGUUGUGAGUUUUCUUAAAGUUUGUUGAAACAACUGCAAUAAACACAAUGAAGCUUGA